GCUGUAGCGUUUCCGGCCAGCUCAGCGCAUCAGCACUGAGGUGUUGUCAGUUUACAGCCUGUCAAACGCUGGUACCAGCUACCUGUAAGACUUUAGCGGGCAGCAGAGAAACACCCAGACACUGAGGAAGAUGGUGCUGCUGACGAUGAUCGCUCGGCUGGCUGACGGACUGCCGCUGGCCGCCUCAAUGCAGGAGGACGAGCAGUUGGGUCGGGACCUUCAGCAGUAUCAGAGUCAAGCUAAGCAGCUCUUUAGGAAACUCAAUGAACAGAGUCCCACACGCUGCACUUUAGAGGCUGGCUCUAUGGCAUUUCACUAUUGUAUAGAGAAAGGAGUGUGCUACCUUGUGCUGUGUGAGGCCAGCUUUCCUAAGAAGCUGGCCUUUGCUUACCUAGAAGACCUGCAGGCAGAGUUCCAUGAGCAGCAUGGAAAGAAGGUCCCCACAGUUUCCCGGCCAUACUCUUUCAUUGAAUUCGACACCUACAUCCAAAAAACCAAGAAGUCGUACAUUGACAGCCGAGCGAGAAGAAAUCUGGGCAGCAUCAACACAGAGCUCCAGGACGUACAGAGGAUCAUGGUGGCGAACAUAGAGGAGGUGCUGCAGAGAGGAGAGGCUCUCUCUGCGCUAGACUCCAAGGCCAGCAACUUGUCCAGCCUGUCAAAGAAGUACAGGAGCGACGCCAAGUAUCUGAAUACCCGCUCCACCUAUGCUAAGCUGGCAGCCGGCGGUGUCUUUUUCAUCAUGCUCAUUGUCUACGUGCGCUUCUGGUGGCUCUGAGAGGGAAAAGGGAAGGAGGGAGGGGGCUAUUGAAGUGCAAAAUGAGCUGCACAGAGUGUGCAGACACUAAGAAAAGCUGUCACCUUCGACUAAACACAGGAUCCCUGCUCUUAAUAAGACUUUGCAGAUAUACCACCGCCCAUUUUGUUCUCGCCUGUCCAUGGAUGUGUGAUCUGAAUAUAAAUUAUGGGAUAAUACAUAGUUUUAUUAUUAACAAUUAUACAGUUAUGCGCUAGUAGUUGCCUUGGAGAUAGGUUAAGUGUGUGUGUGUGUGUGUGUGUGUGUGUGUGUGUGUGAGAGAGAGAGAGAGAGAGUGUGAGAGAGAGUGAUUGUUGUUGUUGGUGAGAAAGAUGAAGAAAUUUCCUUUUUCUGUGAGUUUCCAAAGCUGUAAUGUACUGUAACAGGAUUUAUUUUAUCUUGUAUACUGUCUAAUAAUACAGAAAAGAGCAACAAAAAAAUAACAGCCCCAUAACUUUAUUUAUCCUGAGCACAUCAUAUGGGCAUCGGUGUUCAUUGACAUUAUAAUCAUAGUUGUGAUUGCUUGACAGGCCUGAACAUACAGUAUGUACCACAGUUACACAUAUUUGUGAAACAUGGCAUUGAUUCUAAGGCAGAUGUAUAGGCUCAACAACCACAUAAAAAAUGUAAUUUAAUUUAAAAUAUUAUAUGGAAGCCUUGCAAAAUGCUAUUUCACCCCUGUCCUAUUCAGCAGAUUUUUUUUCGACAUUAUGUCAGUGACCGGACAAAAAUUAUUAGGGGGAGGUCAGGAAAGGGGAAGAGUUGUGUAUAUUUUUUCCUUUGGAGUUGUCCGACUUUUUUUAGGAGAGCAGGGAGGGUCAUUUAAUUUUACUCGCCCCAAAUUUAUUUAGUCUCAUGGCAAUUUUUGGCAUUUUUUUUUUUUUUUAAAGAUAAAUGUGUUAUAAAGUGGUCUGUAAUAAAAUUCAAGUGUAGCCCUUUAGUUAGGAUAUCUUUAUUCUUGCACAGCACCUAAAAAAUUAUCAAUAGCAGUGCGGAGGGCUUAGCUUUUUUAAAAAGUGAAAUAUAAGAUUCAACCCUCCUGCCUUACCCCAAUCAUUUUUGUUCAGUCCCUAACCAGACCUCAACAGAGUGCAUCCAUGUUCCCUUUGCGCUUUCUUGCACCCUGAUGGGUGGGCCGGCACCUUUAUGUUGGUAGGCAUGCAAAAAAGAUGUCUGGUUGGGUCCUUUUUAUUUUGUAUAACGUUUACAAGUGUGGACUAAAUUUAAAAGUGGAUUCUGGCUGAGAGCUACAGGUGUGUUAGGUAGCCGACGUCUGCCCACAGCUGGAAAGGACACCUUCACUUUUCCUGUCUUCUGUCUGCUAUGUGCGAAUAAAAUCAUUUGCACAAAA